UGAGGUCCUCGGCGAGAAGCUGCCGCGGUGGGUUGUGGGUCAUCCUCGCUCUCUCCCUCUCUUUCAGGCUCCUUCGGGCAAACCGGCAGCAGCUGCAGCAGGAGGAAGAUGGGCAAGUGCCGUGGGCUUCGGACAGCCAGGAAGCUGCGCAGUCAUCGCCGAGACCAGAAAUGGCAUGACAAACAAUACAAGAAGGCACAUUUGGGUACUGCUUUGAAAGCCAACCCUUUUGGGGGAGCUUCCCAUGCCAAAGGAAUUGUCUUGGAAAAAGUUGGUGUUGAAGCUAAGCAGCCAAAUUCUGCCAUCAGGAAGUGUGUCCGAGUUCAGCUCAUCAAGAAUGGAAAGAAAAUAACAGCCUUUGUUCCUAAUGAUGGUUGUCUGAACUUCAUUGAGGAGAACGAUGAAGUCCUGGUUGCUGGGUUUGGUCGGAAAGGUCAUGCUGUUGGUGACAUCCCAGGAGUUCGUUUCAAGGUCGUCAAAGUAGCAAAUGUUUCUCUGUUAGCCUUGUACAAAGGCAAGAAAGAGAGACCAAGAUCAUAAUAUCUGUGAUGCUGCAUUCAGCUAUAAUAAAACUUCUCAUUUGACAA